AUGGCGGCGGCACCACGGGCCCCGCUCGCCCGAGGUUCCUCGUUUUGGCUUCCCUCACCCGCCAGAAACAAACUCCGCCCUCGCCCAGUGCGCUGCGGGCGCCGUGAGGGGAGCGGGAGCAGCUGCCGUCGGAGCGCGCUCCGACAGCUCGCUUCCUAUUUGUUCUUAUCUGUAAAUGUGGAGACCCAGUGUGCAAGUGCCUCAGAGAGUAACACCUAUUCAUCAACAGUCAGUCAAGGUUAUGUUUUACCAGAAGGAAAAAUCAUGCCAAACACAGUCUUCGUUGGUGGAAUUGAUUUAAGGAUGAAAGAGGCAGAAAUUCGGACUGUCUUUGAACAGUACGGUGCUGUGAAGGAGGUGAAAGUAAUCACUGACAGAACUGGUGUUUCGAAAGGAUAUGGAUUUGUGUCUUUCCUGGAGAAUGUGGAUGUUCAAAAAAUAGUAGAAACACAAAUCAACUUCCACGGCAAAAAGCUGAAACUGGGACCAGCAAUUAGGAAGCAACAAAACCUGACUUCUUCCAUACAUCCCAGACCAUUUGUCCUUGGUCCUUCUCCACCACAGUUCCAUAGUGUAUGGGGUAGUCAGAAUACAGAGACGUAUUUUCAACCUCCACCUAUAAUGAGCCCAGUAACACCGUAUGUUCAGCCAUAUCCAUACAGUUCAUCACCAACUGUACUGCUAAAGCAGCAAGUUCCCAUAGGAUAUCAACCGGCUUAUAACUAUCAGGGUCAACCACAGUGGGUUGCUGGGGAGCAAAGAAGUUAUGUUAUGCCUCCUGGUCUGGUUUAUGCAUCGGUAAACCAUCACUCUGAGGAUCCGGGAUUUAUACAGACGGAAUGUGCUGUUCCUGAGCCCAUGCACUUGCCUGCUAACAGCCCACAAAAGAAGUCUGUGGACAGGGGCAUGCAAACAGUAGUGUCCUGUCUGUCUAAUCCUGAGAACCAGCUGAGGAAUGACUCUCUGUCACAAGACGAUAACAUGAAGGAGAGCAAAGUGUAUCACUUCCGAAAAGGAAGGACAGGAUUCAAAAGUGUUUGAUGAAUGAAGACUUCGGAGUAUCUAAAUUAAUUAAGUCUAUGUUACUGCAGUUCAGCAAUACAUUCAGCAUAAUAUUUCUCAUAGUUGCUUCAAGUUCAGUUUGUGUUCAUGUUCGACCUGUUUUGAUACAGUUCCUGCUUGGGUAAUUUGAAGUUUAAAGUUGUAAGAGUUGACAAACUUCAGUUACAUUGUUUGCACGCUUCCCCAGUUUGUUUGCUGCAUGUGGAUUUUCUUCUGAGUUUUAACGUACACUUUGCAUAUUACACAGGUUUGCUUUAACCACAAUUUGACUCACCCUGACCAGUUAAUUUUUGCAGUUUAAAAAUGGAAAUAGUUAUUUACCCAAGAGAUUGUAUUUUAAAACUGAGUUCUUAAAUCAGGGCAAAAGAAGAUGUAACUGAGCUGAAGCCCUUCUUAAGUCCUAGUUGCCUUUAGACAACAUAAUCAAUGUGAUUAUGUUCAUUACUGACACUUCAUGUACCUGCAGUCUUGAGCAUCACUAGUGGUUUUGGGUAAGUAAUGAAGAGAAUCCUGACAUUUCUGUAUGUAACUUAAAAUGCAAGAAUGUAAUUAUCUGUAUUGGCUACUCAGUAGAGUGUGAUUUUUUUAAUUAAAAAAUCCUAAAAAUAUCUGUAUGUUAAAAUUCUGAGAAAAUACUGCAUUUAAAAUAUGCUUUUGUUGUGUGAUGCAAACUGUUAAUCAAAGACUAGCUGUAAGACUAUUUUAAUAAUCAUGUAUAUUUUAGUUGUAUAUUUUGAAACAAUGAAAUAAAUUUUUAUUUUGCCUUGGCUACCUAAAUUUCUAGUGACAAAUCUAACUAAUAAUUUGGUAAAGCUAUUAAAACCUUAACACCCUGUACAAGAAUUCCAGUUACUACAAAUGUCCAAGGACUGCUUCUCAGGAGUGUUCUGGAUAAAUUUAAUUAAGGGGGGGUGGGGGACAGUGUCAGUUUACUGGUAAAGAUAAUUGUUUCUUUGCAAAUGCAGAUGUCAUUUUGACUUGAUGUUCUAGUUGAUUUGGUUGCCCUGGGCUGUAUUUAAAGCUUUAUGCUGGAGCUAUAAGAAAACACAGAAAUGCGUAUGUGUAGCUCUCAUUGAAGAAUCUCAACACCAAAAGAAGACAUAAACCUCAAGAUACCUACACAGAGUGCACAUUUUCUGUUUAUUUGACCAAGUUUUACUCCCAGGACCAUCUG